CAUAUAAUCCCAACCACGCCCCGUCCUUCUCAUCUCAUCAGAAUCCAGAGUCCGCACGCGAGAACUCACACCGACGGACAUGGGGAACUGCCAGGCGGCGGACGCGGCGGCCGUGGUGAUCCAGCACCCGGGCGACGGCAAGGUGGAGCGCCUCCACUGGCCGGCCACCGCGGCGGACGUCAUGCGCAGGAACCCCGGCCACUACGUCGCGCUCGUCCUCCUCCAUCACGUCUCUGCCGGCGGCGGCGUUGACCCAGACCCAGCAGUCGCCGGAGAAGGAGGAGGUGCCAGGAUAACCAAGGUGAAGCUCCUCAAGCCGAGGGACACGCUCCACCUCGGCCAGGUCUACCGCCUAAUCACCUCCCAAGAGGUGACCAAGGCCGUGCAGACGAGGAGGCAGGAGAGGACGCGCGGUUGCGACGAGGCGAUCGAGCAGGAGCGGCCGCGGCUGCACCGGCGCCGGCAGCCGCCGAGGCCGAGAGGCGACAACGCGGCCACUACAGAACAGAGGCAGCCCGCCGACCAUCAGCAACGGAAGCAGCCGGAGAAGGACCGGCACCACCGGAGCAUGGCGGCCGCCCGCGGGGGAGGCAGAAGCCGGCACUGGCGCCCGGCGCUGCAGAGCAUCACAGAGUCGUCGUCGAGCGGGCACGCCGAGUGCGAGGAUGUACCAUCUAAAUGAACCGGAAAUGGUAGGAGGAGCUAGGAACGUGUACAUUUCGCGAGAGGAGCGGCAAGGCGUCGUCGCCAGAGAGUUGCCCUUUCGUUGUAGCCAUGGAACACUGCCCUGAACGUGCGUGAAAAACUGAAAAUACGUCCAC